AUGGCGGUCACCGGCUUUUUCCACCACAUCGGCACCUUCUUGCUGUUUGUGGCAGCUGUCCUGCUCAUCAUAACGUCAAUCACGGCGCCUGUCGUGAAUGACCUCGGCAUGAUGAAAGUCUCGCUGAGCAAUGCCACAAAUGACCACUACUCGGAGGUGUCGUUUGGUACAUUCGGCUACUGUGUCCUAAACACUGCCGAUGACUCGCGCGAUGUCUGCACUGGCAGCCACAUUGGCUACAAGCCCGCCGACGUGAUGACCGAGGUCGAGCAAACCUCCUACUCGGACUACAGCCGCAAGGUUACUCAUGGCCUCACCAAGGUCAUGAUCCUGCACCCCAUCGCCGCAGGGAUCGCCUUCCUCGCCUUCCUGAUGGCCCUGGGCUCCGGUUUCUUCGGCUCUCUGCUCGCCGCCUUCACCUCGCUCGUCGCGUUCGUGGUCACCGUCGUCGCACUCAUCUGCGACUUUGUCCUCUUCGCCCUCAUCCGCGACAACGUCAACGACCAGAACAACGAAGCCCACGCCUACUACAGCGUCGGCAUCUGGACCGUCCUCGUCGCGGGCAUCGCCUCGCUGCUCGGCGCCAUCAUCGUCUUCUUCACCUGCUGCUCGGCCCGCCUGCACAAGCGCAGGAACCGACACUCCACAGUCCCCAAGAACGACUAUGGCACCCCGGCGACCACCCGCCGCAGGCGCAGGUGGUUCUAA